AUGGCUCGCAUGGACCUCCAAUCACGCAGUAGACCGGUAGCCAUUGCCCCGGCACCUCCCCACCGAACUAGCACAAUCGACACUGCUCUCAUGCCAUAUGCGUGUCAGACCUGUGCCAAACGCAAGGUAAAGUGCGACAAGACAUCGCCUUCAUGUUCCGGCUGCCUCAAGGGAAAACUAGAAUGUCUCUAUCGGAUGCCUCAGCCACGAUACCGGAAACGAAAGUUGGACGGCAACCUCUGCCAAAAGCUUGCUCGAUACGAGCAUAUUCUGCAACAACACGGUUUGAUGGAGGCUGCCACAUCGCCAUCCGCUGGAGAGACACUGCCGUCACAAGAACCAGUAUCUUUCCGGUGGGUUGAUCCAGAAACAUCUAGAAACGGCAAGCUCCUUAUUGGACAGGGCAAGUCGCGAUACAUCUACAGCAAUUUCUGGCGUAAUCUCGAAGAUGAUGAGAUACAGCGCCUUUCCGAUGAAGACGACGAGGAUGAUCGAGCAGUCUCCGAUUUUGCAUCUGAUCCUUUGACAGGAGCAUUUAUGGGCCAUCAACAGAGCCUUCUCACGUAUUACCCAACCCAUACGCAAGCCAUGAUACUGUGGGAGAUUCAUCUCGAAAACGUGGAACCUCUCUGCAAAAUUUUACACAUCCCAUCGACACACAAGAUGAUUCAGAUGGCUUCGCAGCAGCCUGCGAUUGUGUCGAAAACUGACGAGUGCCUUUUGUUUGCCAUAUACCACUUUGCCGUCUUUUCCGUGACGGAGGAGGAAUGUGUCGAGAAAUUGGGGCAGUCGCGUGCUACAUUGAUGCAACGAUAUCACUUCGCGGCACGGCAAGCACUCGCCAAUGCGUCUUUUCUCAAAACCACGGAGAUAUCGGUUCUGCAAUCCCUCGUCCUCUUCCUUCUACCUUGCCGGUACUUUUACGAUUCGCACACUUACUGGAUAUUGACUGGAGUUGCAGUCCGCAUAGCGCAACGUAUGGGGCUCCACCGGGAUGGAGAGAAGCUGGGAUUGUCACCGUUUGAUGUACAAAUGAGACGACGGUUAUUCUACCAAAUUCUGCCGUUGGACGGCAAUGCCAGCGUACUGUCCGGCACAGGCAUAUCUGUUAUGCCAGACGCCUGGGACACUCAGCCACCGCUCAAUGUAAAUGACGACCAGAUAUGGCCAGGAAUGACGGAGAUGCCACAAGAACAAAUUGGCGCAACUGAUAUGAUCUUCUGCCUGUCGCGCGCCUGUAUUGGGAGAUUCUUUACUAAAGCAACAAAACCGGCGGACGAUGCAGCGCCGUGGCAGUUCAAAGACUUCCCCGACGCCGAGCUAGCCAUCAGUGAUGCGGAACGCCAGGUCGAAGAGAAAUAUAUUCGCUACUGUGACAUUGUCAACCCACUGCAUUUCCUGACUAUCGCCCUGGCCAGAUCGGGUAUCACGGCCAUGCGCCUUCGGGUCAAGCUUCCUAAAGUACGGAACCAGACGGCCACGAAGGCCGAGAUGAAGGAAUUGUUUCAUUUGGCACAGAAGAUUAUGGAUACUGACGCGGCUACCUGCACUAAUACAGGCCUCAAGAAGUACCGUUGGCAUGUGCGGCCGUUCUUCCUGUGGGGUUUGUGGGAUUCAAUGAUUUUCGUUCUGACGAACCUGUGGAAGAGACCCAACCUGCUCUUACCCACAGAAACCGAAUCCGCUUGGUCCCGAGUAGAGCAAGUCUACAACAACCAUGACGAGCUCCUAAAGUCGAGGCGGACGUUGCACGUGGCGUUCGGGCGCCUCACAUUGAAGGCCUGGGAUACUCAUCACCUGCCGAGCAGGGGCGUGCUGGAGCCGGCUUUUAUCACUACAUUACGUUCCCAACGGGAAAGAAAAAGGCAUUGUAGCAGUGCAAGUCCUCUUGACAGGAACAAGGAUGCAAUAGUUUCUUUCGUCGAACCGUUUCCUGCAAGUGACACGAAUGCAUCAUCGGAUACCCCAUCGGUUGGCGUGGACCUUGAUAUAGACAGUGAUUUCAGUCUCACCGCCGCAGACUGGAUGUUCUGGGACCAGUUGAUCCGGGAUUAUCAGACGCAAGAUGAUUCCUAG